ACACCUUACACCUAAAGAAUAAUCACAGGCCACCUCUCAUUCAUUUCCCCUCAGGCACGCCUCUCUCUCUCUCUCUCUCUCUCUCUCUCAAGAGAAUAUAAAAGGUGUACAUUUGCAUACAAAGAAUUAAUAUACAGGAGCAGCCAAAGAAUAUUGUGUGUUAACAUCAGCCAUUGAAAUUCAAAAGGGUCAAUUUUCAUGUCAUCAGUGAGCCUGAAAAUGGAGUUGAUGAAGUCAGAUGUUGCAGACUCCGAACCCCAACAACAGCAGCAACAAGAAGAAGAACAACAUUUCCAUGUCUUGGCUGUGGAUGAUAGUCUUUUGGACAGGAAGCUCUUGGAGAGGCUCCUUAGAGGUUCUUCAUAUCAAGUGACUUGUGUGGAGUCUGGGGAUGAAGCUCUUAAAUAUCUGGGUUUGGUUGAUGACCUAAACCAAAAUUCUACAGCUUCCUCUUCAUCUACUUCCCCCCACUCAUCACAACAAGUACUAGAGGGAUCAAAAGUCAUCAAUUUGAUCAUGACAGACUACUGUAUGCCCGGGAUGAGCGGCUAUGAUUUGCUGAAACGGGUCAAGAACCGUCACGAGCACGACCACCACGAGACACUUUUCUUACAGGGAGACUCCUGCUUUAUAUUCUUGCAGGGAUCUUCUUGGAAAAACGUACCAGUCGUGGUCAUGUCAUCAGAGAAUGUUCCUUCCAGAAUCAGCAUGUGCUUGGAAGGAGGGGCUGAGGAGUUUCUUUUGAAGCCACUUCAGCUAUCCGAUUUGAAGAAGCUUCAACCUUACCUGCUCAAAUCCCUUGAACAUCAUUCUUGCAACGACAACAACAACAAUGUCGUAGUAAAUGAGGUCGGUGGCGUUGACCCCGUUGACCAAAUCAAAAGCACUACUUGUGAGAAUACUGUUAAGGGCAACAACAACAACAACAAUGUUAUUAUUAGCAAGAGGAAGGCAGUAGUGGCUGCUCAAACAAUAUCAGAGAGAAGGCCCAAGAUGGAGGGGUUAGCUCUGGUAGUAUAAGAUUAGUAUACAAAUAUUUUACUGGGGUGAUUAAUUAUUACAUAUUACCAUAAUCACAUCCUUAAUUAUAUUCAUAUAUGUAUGUAUGUACCUGUUUGGUGCUAUUGGUUUG